AUGCUCUACAAUUCAAUUGUUGCCGCAACGGCCCUUUUGGGCCUGGCGGCUGCUCAGGUUCAUACUGAUUGCAAUCCCAUGGAACGCGAUUGUCCAGCAAAUCCAGCAUUCGGGACCGAUCAUAAUUUCAAUUUCAACAGCACCCCGAGUAGCGACCUCUGGGAAACCACUGCCGGCACUGUGUCAUACGAUGCCAAAACUGGUGCCGCCUUCACCAUCAACAAACAAGGUGACUCGCCAACUCUACGCACCAAAUUCUACUUCUUUUUUGGCCGCACUGAGAUUCACCUCAAGGUCGCGCCUGGCCGAGGCAUCGUCAGUUCCAUGAUGUGGCUUAGCGAUGACCUCGACGAGGUUGAUUGGGAGUUUCUGGGCUCUAACAAGACCUUCGCCACAACCAACUAUUUUGGCAAGGGCCGCCAGGAUUUUAAGAACGGCGGUUCUCACCCCAUGACCGGCAUGCAGGACGACUAUCACAACUACACCACCGUAUGGACCAAGGAUUCUAUCGAGUGGUUCAUCGACGGCAACCAUGUCCGCACCCUGAAUUCUAAAGAUGCUAAUAACACGCAUAACUAUCCUCAGACACCCAUGCGUAUGAGCGUUGGCAUCUGGGCGGGCGGCGACCCGUCGCUUCCCGAGGGAACUCGCCUGUGGGCGGGCGGUGAUACAGACUAUGCAAAUGGGCCGUACACCAUGUAUCUCAAGAGCGCCCAGGUCACCGAUUACAGCAGCGGCAAGGAAUAUACUUAUGGCGAUCGCUCCGGCAGCUGGGAAAGCAUCAAGAUUGAGAGUGGCAACUCCACCGCUGUUGACGCGCUGAACAAGCAGCCCGACAAGUCCACGAGCGAAAAAUGGAACGACCUUCCCACGGGAGCCAAGGCUGGAGUGUAUGCUGGAGGCGGUGCGGUCGGUGCCCUGGCCCUGGGGGCUCUGCUUUGGUACUAUAUCCGACAGCGCCGCAUUGGAGCCGCUGAAGCCAAGGCUGCAGCCCUACGUGAUGAAGAGGACCAUCGCGAAAACGCACGAUUCCUCAAGGAUGGCAUCAAUCCCGACGGUUUCACCGACCAUGGCCAAGAGUACAAUGCCAGGGAGCUUCGUGCCGGUGGCAUGGCCAGCGAAAACUCUUACCACGUUCCCGAAUCGAGUCCCUUUGACGGCCCCUUUGAUGAAAAGUCUCGCCUCGGAAGCAGCGCAAGCAACGUGAGCACCCUCGUUGGUGCUGCUGGUGCUGGCGCCGUGGCUGGCGGAGCAAUGGGAGCUGCAGGAGCCAUGCGAGGCCAGCCCGGCCGAAAAGCCAGUCCUGCCUCUUCUAAUCAUGGUUUUGAUUUUGGUGUUCCUCCCAGCCCUGGUCAUCCAUCCCGGUCUCCGAGCCCCGGAAUGCCUCCCGGCUCUCCUCGUCAGCACCAGAUGCGUAGCGGCUCAGCUCCCGACCCGUACUCAAGAAUGGGAUCUCCUGGCCCCCAUCAGCAAGGUUAUGGACUGCAGAGAAUGCAAAGUCCAGGAGCCAUGGGGCCCCAAAGAAGCUUUACCGACAACCAACAGCCAGGCUACGGAUACCGGGGGCCUGCGUCAUCUGGAGGAAAUAAUGGCUGGUAG